AUGUACCGCCGCACAACACGCACCCUCUGCCCGCUCCUCCGGCGCCCCUACUCCACCUCAGCAGCAGCAGCAGCAGCAGGAAUAGUGCCAAAACCACUAACAUCAAUACUAAUCGCAAACCGCGGCGAGAUAGCUCUCCGCGUCAACCGCACCGCGACCCAGCACGGAAUCCGCACAACCACGGUCUACACCGACCCCGACGCGCACGCGCAGCACGCGCUGGUCACGCCGCACGCCUACAACAUUGGCCCUGUGGCGGCGUACCUGGAUGGCGAGAAGAUCAUUGGUGUGGCUAAGCGGGCCGGGUGUGAUUCGGUGCAUCCGGGGUAUGGGUUUUUGAGUGAGAACUCGAAAUUCGCGAAACGGUGCGAGGAGGAGGGGCUGGUGUUUAUUGGCCCGCCGCCGGAGGCGAUCGAGAGGAUGGGGAACAAGAGCGAAUCCAAAGACAUCAUGCUCGCCGCCGGCGUCCCCUGCAUCCCGGGCUACCACGGCCCCAACCAAGACGCCGCCUUCCUCCUCUCUGAAGCCGAGAAAAUCGGCUUCCCGGUCCUAAUCAAAGCCGUCAAAGGCGGCGGCGGCAAAGGCAUGCGCAUCGCACACACCCCCACCGACUUCCCGUCCGCCCUCGUCUCCGCCAAAUCCGAGGCCCGCUCCUCCUUCAGCGACGACGUCGUCCUCAUCGAGCGCUACAUCACGACGCCGCGCCACAUCGAGGUCCAGGUCUUUGCCGACGCGCACGGAAACUGCGUCGCCCUCGGUGAGCGCGAUUGCUCUGUCCAGCGGAGGCACCAGAAGAUACUCGAGGAGUCGCCGGCGCCGUUCCUCGACCCAGAGGUCCGAAGGGACCUAUGGAACAAGGCGCGCGAGGCGGCCGUUGCGGUGGGCUAUCGUGGUGCCGGAACGGUCGAGUUCAUCUUCGACAACGACACCGGCGAGUUCUUCUUCAUGGAGAUGAACACCCGCCUACAAGUCGAGCACCCCGUCACGGAGGCCGUGACAGGCACCGACCUAGUCCACUGGCAGAUCCUCGUCGCCAGCGGCCUCCCCAUCCCCACGCAGGAGGAAGUAGAAGCCAAGAUGUCCGGCCACGCCUUCGAAGCCCGCAUCUACGCCGAAAACCCAUCCAACAACUUCACCCCCGACUCGGGCUUUCUGCAGCACCUGCGCACCCCCGCCGCCACAGACGACAUCCGCAUCGACGCCGGCUUCGCCCAGGGCGACACCGUCUCCCCGCACUACGACCCCAUGAUCGCAAAGCUCAUCGUGCGCGGCCCCACCCGCGACGCGGCGCUCGCGAAGCUGCGCGCUGCUCUCGAGCAGUACGAGAUUGUGGGCCCGAGGACGAAUAUCGAGUUCCUCAAGCGGCUCGCGGCACACCCGGCUUUCAUCGCGGGUGAGGUCGAGACGGGGUUUAUUGACAAGCACCGCGGGGACCUGUUUGCGCGCGAGGAGACGCCCGCCGAGGUGUUUGCGCAGGCGGCGCUGGCAAUGGUGGUGCGCCAGAGUGUCCCGCAGAAGGGGAGCGACCCGUUUAGUGUGUUUGGCGGCGGCGGCGGCGGCUUCGCUGGGGGUGUGCAGGCGCGGGUGGUGGAGUUUGUGGAGGGGGAGCGGACGGUUAAGGUGACGCUGGUGCAGACGGGGAGGGGCGUGUAUGAUGUCGAUGUUGACGGCACCGUGUACCACGGCGUUACCGUGGCGCCGGUGGCGGCGGGCGAGGAGGGGUCGAAUCUCGUGGGGUUCUACCCGCACACGCGGCUGGAGACAACCGUGGUGCGGAGCGAGGACGUGGUUGUGGUGUUUCAGCGCGGGAAGGAGUACCGGCUGGGGCUGCCGCGGCCGGGCUGGUACGAGAAGGCGCUGGGCGUGGCGGAGGUGAAGAAUAGUGUUGUGGCGCCCAUGCCGUGUAAGGUGCUGCGGGUCGAGGUGGAGGUCGGCAGCAGGGUGCGGAGGGAUGAUGUGUUGGUGGUGAUUGAGAGUAUGAAGAUGGAGACGGUGAUACGCGCGCCGCAUGAUGGGGUGGUGCAGAAGAUUGUGCAUAAGGAAGGUGACGUCGUCAAGGCGGGUGUGUCGCUGGUGCUGUUUGAAGAGGAGCCUGCUGGUAGCGAGUAG